AUGUCGGGAAAGCCAUCUGCAGGCUUAGAAACGAAAAAAGUGUGGCUCGGGAAAUACUACAUACACCUCGCCCUCCGUCACGUCGUUCAGCUUCGCACAGCCUAUCAAAAAGAGUUCCGUCAGAGCGAGGGAAUACAUACCUGUUCGAAAGGGCAUCUCAGGAACGCUAGACCGAGUGAAACGGCCAAAUUAAGUAUUAUCAUUGAAUCACCACCACUUAUAUACCAUGGGGACCCGACAAACUCAAUGGGCGCUCUUUUCUCGGGCAGCUUACGAUUUACCAUUGGGGAACACACGAUACCAAUUAAGAUUAUCAAACUCAAGCUGACGUUGGCAAUUCAUUUGACAACUGUGAAACCGGUCGUAAAGGGAUGUUCUCGCUGUGCGACUCGAAUUGAAGAGCUGUCAAAUUGGAACUUCAUAACGAGACCAAUGCAUCUCACAUUAGGUCAUCAUGAAUUUCCUUUUAGCUAUCUGUUCCCUGGUCAGCUGCCCGCUUUCUGCAACACUCCCUUAGGCGGCAUUGCGUAUGUACUUUCGGCCCAGGCGGAAGACAUCGUUGGUACAAGCUAUUCAUCCAAUAUGCCUUUGCACAUCAAACGCGCCCUUCCCCCGGGAAAUGAGAUAUCUUUACUCUACACGUUUCCGCGGACGAAUCUGACCAGUCAUGUUAUUGUGCCGUCAGUAGUGCACCCUAUGGGUAGUUUUCCUGUCCGAGUGGCGCUGAUCGGGGUCAUGGAUAACAAGAAGCCUAACCGAAACCAUUUAUACAUACAAAAUGUCAAAUGGCACAUCAAAGAGCAUGUGAAAAUAGUAUCUCAUCCCUGCUCUAAGCAUGCGUCGAAGUCUCAAGCGGAGGGUGUUAUUCACAAAAAAACACGAGUUAUUGGACGCAAUAAGGAGAGUAACGGGUCGAAGUACAAGUUAGAUUUAGGGAGUGAUGAGAUUAGGUUGCAGUUUGAAGUGAGCAUCGACUACACUCGUGAAUCGGUGUGUGAUGUCGAGGAUAGUAAAGGAUUGGAGGUCAAACACAGUCUUAUCGUUGAGUUGAUUGCUGCGGAGCGCAAUACCUGGAUAACCCCAACGUCGGGCCCUGCUAUUGUGCUUCGUAUGUGUUCAGGUUUGCGCAUCUCUGAGCGCAGCGGACUUGGCAUUAGCUGGGAUAAAGAGGUGCCCCCAAUAUACAAGGAUGUACCGCCCGGACCCCCAGGUUAUACGGCGAUGAGAACACCUGUAAGGCAACUGGGUGCUUCACGUCGACUAACACCACCAGAGUGUGAUUGCUAA